UGCACUUAUUGUAAGUUGCUUUGAAUAAAAGCGCCAGCUAAAUAGUACUGUAAUGUAAUGAAAUAUGAAUGUAAAUAAAAAUCCCUAAUUAAUUUAGUUUCUUUUGCAAGUUGCAACCGAUGUAUUGCAGAACUUCAGUCCUGUUAGUAGUCUCUAAGAAUGCGCUAUUGGCCUUUUAUACAAACACAUCUUGCUAUACUCAAACAGAAAAUGCCACAAUAUAAUCCUUUCGAUUCCCCUAAAAGAUGCUGCUAUUUAAACCAAUCAAAACUACUUGUAAUUCAGCAAGGCACAGGCUACAGGUAAUCUUUGAAAACCCUAUGACUGUGUCCUAUAACCGUCCCUCUGGUUGUGGGUGGAUCUGAGGUGUAAGAGGCGCAUAGUUUUGCAUACUGAACCCAGAUUAUAGAGAAUAGAGUGUGAAACCUGUGUUGGCUGUGUUACUCAGCUCCACUGGCAGAAACAGAGACGUCAUUUAAAGGAAGACACCUGACAUAAGGCACCCCCUGGCCAUGGCAUUUUGGGUGCAAACAGCCGUCCAGCUCGUCGCCUUGAUAACGUCAGUGGUGAGGGGGAGAGUGGAGAAAGAGCUGUCUCCAGAGUGCAGAGAAUUCCUCUACAUGGGGACACCACCGAUAGGGCUGGGGCACCACUCCCUGCAGUUCAUUUGUCAACGUUACAACAAGAGGGCACGCUAUGUGACGCUGUACAACACUGUGGACCGUAUACCUGUCUACUCUGCCUACACCUUCAAACGCUCCGAGGGGGAGGGUUGCGUCGAUGUGCCUUGGAUGUAUGAACCUCAGCUAUCCACAUCCUCUGAUACAGAUGAGAUGCAGCCCUUCCCACAUGAUUACAUUCACAAGAAUUUUGAAGAUACCCAAGCUGUUCUGGAUGACUACAUGAACGCCGUCAUCUACGAACGUGGCUCUCUCAACCCAGACGAGCAUCAGGGUGAGCCUGACGACAAGGCCUCCACCUACACCCUGACCAACGUGGUACCCAUGGUGCCCGACUUCCACAACACAGUCUGGAGCAAAUGGGAGCAUGUUGUCCGCAAACGGCUUAACAACUAUUGCCGUGGCAGAGCUUACAUCGUCACAGGUGUCACCACGUCGGGGAAGAUGAUCCGCCAGCAAAACAUCAACCGCAUUGCAGUGCCAACAUACCUGUGGUCGGCUUAUUGCUGUGUUGACUUCGACCACAAUGCUCCUUAUGUUGAGCGCUACAAGUUCCCAUCUUUUGCCCACUACGGCCUCAAUGCGGAGAACAAUGAGGUGGUGGAAACGUCUGUCCAGAAGCUGAAGGAGUUCCUCCAGAGGACCACCUUUGUAGACCAGAACUUUCAGAUCUUUGUUGGUGACUGUGCCCCACCCACACAGAUUUAGCUGUAAUGUCGCUGUGUGGCUUAAUUAUCUUUAUUUAUCACAGCAGAGAUUUGUAUUUGCCAUAAUAUGAAAGGCACAUGUUU